AUGAACCACUUUGCACAGGACGCAGUGAUCCACCGCUACGCAUUGUCUGCGUUGUCUCCGCUCGCAUACAUUCCGGAGUAUGCGUCGCAGAUCAUCGACGCGGGCGGAGUGUUGGCUGUGAAGAACACGUUGCAGUAUCAUUCUGGCGAUCCCCAGGUUGCAAUCAGUGCGCUGCAGAUGAUAAACGAGUUGGCCAAGCACGAGGGCUGCAAGGAUGCUUUGGUGUCAGCUGGCCUCAUUCCAGUACUUCUUCAAGUCAUGCAGGCCCACGCCGGCAACCCUCAUGUCCAAGCGCUUGGACUCAAAUGCCUUGCCACACUCUGUGGCAACUCGACGUCCAUUCAGGCUGGCCUCUUCCAGGCACAGGGAAUUCCUGCGAUCCUCAAUGCCAUCCGUUCGGCUGCCGACACCAGGGCCACCGACGAAGGAACUGUGGGCCUGAUCACAGAGGGGAUGAACCUGCUGGCUGCCAUCUCGACGAACCAGGAGUGCCGUCCGCAAAUCAUACAGUAUGGCGGCAUCGAGAUCACUCUGCAGGUCAUGAGAUUUUAUAUCGAUUUCCCCUUGAUCCAGGAACACUGCCUUCGGAUCCUCUCAGGCCUCACGCUUUGGCCGGAGGCAGCCGCCAAGCUUCUGCAGGCUGGCUACAUCGAUUGCAUCAUUGCCGCCAUGACAAAGUAUCCCGAGACGCAGGGUGUUCAGAUGAGUGGUGCCUACGCUCUGGGCAUGGUGGCUGGUUCGGACGAUGCCAAGGUGGCCGUCAUCAAUGCCAAAGGCAUUGAAGCACUGGUGACUGCUAUGUACUGGCAUCCGAUGGACCAACAUGUAAACGAGCAGGCAUGCGCGGCUCUGGCCAUCCUGUGUGAGGCAGACCGUGGCAAGGCGAUCUUGGCCAAUGCCGUUGCAGGCGAAGAGAAGAUGCCGUCUCCGGAGGUCAUAACCAAUUCCAUGCGGAACAUCUACACAAUUGCGAAUCCCGUGAAGCAGAUGGUCAAGCUCGUGGCUAUCGCUGGCCUGGACGAAACAAUGAGAGCAGGCCUCAUCCAGGCCUUCACCAUCAACGGCAUUGUCCAAGUGCUGCAGGUUCAUGCGGAGAAUUCCGCGGUUGUGUUCUAUGCACUCAAGGCCACGGUGACUUUGGGCUAUCCGCAUCCGCCGCCGGAGAUGAUUCACAUCUGCGAAAGCCUCCUGGAUCUUGUCCUGGCUGUCAUGCGGGCCUUCCCAGCAGAAGCAAGGAUCCAGGAGACUGGCUGUGAGGUCUUGUCGAUACUGGCUCGUGUGGAGGCCAUGCAGGACCGCAUCAUCACAAAGGGAGGAAUUGCCUUGAUUUGCACGGCACUGAAGUCUUUCCAAGCAGACACCGGCAUCCAGAGAAAAGGCUGCCGGGCUUUCGCCAACCUUGGCGAGUUCCAGACCUCCCGGGAAGCCAUCCGCCGCGAGGGCGGCAUCGAGCUCAUCAUCCUCGGGAUGAAGUACCACGUCUCCCAUCCAGAGGUGGGAGAGCAGGGCUGCGCCGCGAUAGCAAACCUAGCCUUGGACGAGGCGAAUCGCACUCACAUUGCUCAGAACGAGGGUGUGAAUGCGGUCCUAGCAGGUUUGCGACUUCAUCAGGCACAUCCUGGGAUCCAGGCCUUUGGCCUGGGUGCCCUUGGAAACCUGGCCACCGCAGAGGACAACUGUGCUGUGAUCCUGAAAGCCGGAGCAGUAGACAUGGUCAUGCACGCCAUGGCUUCCUGGACAGAUGAACCUCGGGUGCAGCAUUUCGCAUGCCUGGCCUUGUCCAACUUCGCCCACGACGAUGCCAACAAGGUUGCCAUCGGCCGGGCGGGUGGCAACAAGAAGAUCAUCUCCUCCAUGCAGAGGCACUCGGACCAUGCCGGUGUGCAGGAGCAGGCUUGUGGUGCUCUGGCCAACCUUGGUGUCAACCAGCAGAACAUGGUUGAGAUCGCGCAGUUGAGCGGGAUUGAGCUGGUCAUUUCCUCGCUGAAAAAGUUCCCCACAGAGCCGGGCGUGCAGGAGAAUGGAUGCUUCGCACUCUCAAAGUUCCUUACGAUGCCAAACGAGUCCUACCGUCAAAGGAUGAAGCAAGCAGAUGCGGAGGCUGGUUCUCUGUGA